UUCUUCAUAUUUUUUUUCAGUCCUUCUCUUUGUAUUUAUUAAUUAAUAGUUUUUAAGUAUAUUAUUUUGUGUAUAAAUUUGUCAACAUUUGGGAUUGUUGUUAUAUUAUCAUAAACACGAUAUUGUUACAUUUGAAUUGUACACCAGUAAACACAAUUUUUGUUCAAUUAUUAUUUGGACAUCUUAAUUCUAUGGAUGAAGGAUUAAUGCAAGGACAAAAUGGUCUUGACGUAUAUUCAUAUUAUAUUAAUUAAAUUGUUUAUAAAACAUUAUUAAUGAUGAUGGCUUGCGAGGUACAGUUAAUCAAUGAAUUCAUUGAUUGGAUAUUAUUGAAAGAAGAUUUGAAAUAUUUGCCAAAUGAAAUAAAAGUACAUUUAAUAUCUAUUAUUGAUGUAUUAAGAGGAUUUAAUUUAAACAAAUUCGUGGAGACAAAAUGGAUAAACAAAUCUUUAAUAACAAUAGAAGCUUGUUUAGAUCGUACCUGGCAAAUAUUAAAUUCAGGACAUUGGAAAGAUGUUCCAAUAUCUUACAGAUACAGUUAUUCUUUUUGUAGUCUCAUAAAGGUAAUACUGUUAGAAAUAGAAGAAAAACAUGAAAAUAAAGAAAAAUCAUCAGAUACAGAGAUCAAAGUAUUGCAAGAAAUAAUUCAACAAAUUGAUAAAGGUAUAUUAUUAGGUGCACCUUUACCUAAUGAGCCAUCAUUACUAACAACAAUUGCUUCCAAAAUAAAUAAUUAUUAUAAUAAAUUUGUGAGAAAACUUAAUGUACAAAAAAUCGAAAUUGAUUAUAGUCAAGUUUCUCAAUCGUUGUUACCUGAAUUUGUACAAGUUAAUCGAUACAAGGUACCAUCUAUGGAAUUAUUUUACAAAGACAUCUUUAUACCCAAAAUUCCAGUUAUAAUAACAGAUUCUAUGAAACAUUGGAAUGCUUUACAUUUGUGGCAAGAUAUUGAUUAUUUAAAUAAAAUCGCAGGAAGUCGUACAGUGCCUAUUGAAAUAGGAUCACGUUAUACAGAAGAAGAUUGGAGUCAAAGUUUAAUUACAUUUUCAGAAUUUUUACAAUCGCAUAUAAUUAAGGGUACACAAAAGGUUGCUUAUUUGGCUCAACAUCAGCUUUUUGAUCAGAUACCAGAAUUACAAAAUGAUAUCGUUAUACCAGAUUAUUGUUCGUUUUCUGAUAAAGAGGAUGUAGAAGUUGAGCCACCAGAUAUAAAUGCAUGGUUUGGACCAGCUGGAACAGUGUCACCAUUACAUUUUGAUAUAAAAAAUAAUUUAUUAUGUCAGGUAUUCGGUUAUAAAAGAAUAUUUUUAUAUAAUCCAUCUGAUUCCAUAAAUUUAUAUCCCUACGACACAAAAUUACUUAAUAAUACAGCACAAGUAGAUCCUUUAAAACCAGAUUACGUAAAAUGGCCAAAUUUGAAAAAAGCCAAAGGUUAUAUGUGUUAUUUAGGACCAGGUGAAAUGUUAUAUAUUCCACCUAAAUGGUGGCAUCAUGUAACAGCACUAACAACAAGUUUUUCUGUCAGUUUUUGGUGGACUUAAAUACCACACAAUAACAUGUUUGAAUUAUUCAAUAAUUGUAUACAAUCUUGCGUUUAAAUAAAAAUAUUGUACAAAUGUUGUUGUAUUA